GCGAUAUUCUUGGUAUCCCCAGCUAUGGAUACCUGCCCUCCUUUCUCCUUUUAAUUUUUGUCAUUGGUUUGAUUUGCUGGCGGAUGCUAUCAGUGCAGCUAGAUCCUCAAGAACCACCUCUCCUCAGGCCGAGAAUACCAUAUAUUGGUCACCUUCUGGGGCUUGUGAAGCAUUCCACAUCUUACUUUGACAUAUUGAGGUACCUUCUUUCCUCUGUAAGAUAUCCACGCACUCUCUCAUCAUGCCCUCGCCGGCAGUGCCAAAUACAAACUACCGAUAUACACCAUGCCAUUGCUCGACGCAAAAUCCUAUGUCAUUACAUCACCCGUAAUGUGCCAAUAUGCCUUCCGGUCCAAGGACUUGUCAUUCGAACCACACAUGGUGGAAUUCUUCCAGCGCAUGCUGAAUGUAUCAGACGCGACAAUAUCUCUGUUGAAAAUUCCGGCAGGCGAGAAGGAGGCUAGCAUGCUACGUGAAUCCAGCAAAGCAAUCCACGAGUCUCUCACCGGCGAAAACCUGCACAGAACCAAUCUGAAAGCUUUGGAAUCCAUUUCUUUAAUAAUCAAUGGUAUUGACGGGUGCUUUACUUCGGAUAGCUUGUUUCGGUGGCUGAGACUCACCCUGACAUUAGCUACAAGCGACGCUUUGUAUGGAUCACAAAACCCAUUCAGAAUUAACAAAAGCCUUAUCGAAUCUCUUUGGUAAGUACUCUCGCAGGAUCAGUCUGCUGUACUCACCUCGAACUCAGGGAUUUCGAUGCACACGUCAUCUCUUUCAUCAUGGGCAUAUUCCCAUCCUUCUUCGUUCCAAAAGCUCAUCGUGGGAGGGCAGCAGUACAAGCAGCUUUCACAGAGUACUUCAAGAACGGUUAUGACCUUCAGCCAGAUGUAUCACCUCUGGUACAUUCCCGAGCCGCAUGUUACGCAAAAUAUGGGAUUUCUCUCUCGGAUUUGGGACAAUUAGAGCUGGCUAUAGUCCACGUUGCCACCGCCAACGCAAUACCUACAACGUUCUGGACUUUACUCUUCAUCGCAUCAAGCCCCACUCUUACCUCGCUUAUCAGACACGAGCUACUCACCAUAACCAAACCCAGUUCUGGGGAUCCCGAGCGCGAAAUUGAUAUUAACAUAGCCAAGUUUUCAUCACACUGUCCUCUUCUCGUAUCUUGCUACCGAGAAGUAAUUCGAUUGGGAAAUUCAAAUAUCGGCGCCCGUCGAGUGAUGACCGAUACCACCAUAACCGACGGCACAUCAACCUAUCUUCUCAAAGCAGGCUGCAACGUCCAGAUACCAUCAGGAGUCAUUCACAUGUCCGAAGAAACCUGGGGACCCAACGCAUCCACCUUCGACGCACGAAGAUUCCUAGAUCCAAACCUCAAAGGAAACAUGACCGCAAAAGAGCGAGAAGAAGACCGCCAACGGAAAAAAGCCUACUUCCCAUUCGGCGGUGGGAAACACCUCUGCCCCGGACGAAACUUUGCAUUUGCAGAGAUCUUGGGCCUGCUUUCUGUUUUGGUCCUUGGGUUUGAUAUUCGUGCUUUGGAUGGUGGGUUGGUGGAGGUUCCUAAGAUGGGAAGGAGUGGUGUUGCGGAGGGGAUGGUCAAGCCUACUGGGAAGGACUUGGAGAUGGGUGUCCGGAUUGAAAGGAGAAGAGGAUGGGAGGAUGCUAUUUGGGGGUUUGUUUCUGAGCAGUAAUAUUUCUGGGAGGACUUUUGUUUUAGUUUUUGUUGUUACUUGAGCAUUCGAAUACUUGAAUCUAUGAGACAUAAUCUGAGGCGGUAUACAAGAAAAGUAGAAAAGAGCAAAUACCAAGAUAGAACUCAAACCACCAAACGAAUAUAUCUCAAAC